GCAUGGAACUAUUGCACGGCUUCCAUGAAUAAUAUUUAUAGACUAUGUUCUAUAUUCUACCAAAGAUUGCAUUACAAAGUGGGUGAGCCCUGAAUGACAAGAACCUUUUACUGAUAACAUGGCUCAUAACUCAACAAAAUGCUGGAGUAACUCAGCGGGUCAGGCAGCAUCUCUGAAGUGCAAGGGUAGGUGACGUUUCGGGUCGAGACCCUUCUUCAGAAGGACCUACUCGGGACUGUUUGACCCAAAACAUCACCUUCCCACGUUCUCCAGAGAUACUGCUGCCCGACCCGCUGAGUUACACCAGCACCUUGUGGCUUGUAGGAACGGUAGAUGCUGCUUUACUUAAAAAGACACAUAGUGUUGGAGUAACUCAGCAGGUCAGGCAGCAGCAUCUCCGGAGAACAUAGAUAGACGAAUGACGUUUUGGGUCGGGACUGUUAACGUGGAAGAUAGAACAUUUCCUUGUAUCUUCAUUAACCUCUGAGUUUGUUUGUGAAAUGCCCUCAGGUUCCCUAUAGAGAGAGGAUAUCUCUCCCAUCUGUGCAUCAAUUAUAAUCACAGAGCCCGCUCCCUCUGACUAAAGGUCAGAGCUGUCCCUUCCACAACUCAUUAUGCACAUACCAAAGAUGGGUAAAAAUACCAGAUUUAAACCAAUUCAGACAGGAAAUCUUUUAUCAAUUAAAUUUUCUCAAGUUGCUUUUGCUGUUUACUAACUGAUAAAAAAUUAUCAUCAAUACCUUUUGCUUUCAAUUCUUUUAAUUGAUCAUUUUUAUCACCCUGGCAGCACCAGAGACCCAGGUUCGAUCCUGACCUCGGUGCAGAGUUUGAGCUUUGUCGUUCAUUCAGAGGAUCGCGGGUGGGCUGGGGUGACUGUAGGGCUCUGAAAACGUUGUUUCCCAGGGCUGGGGUGAGUGUGAAAAGGGUGGUUUCUGGGCAGAUCUGCCCAAUCGGCAAUAUUUUGAGCCGAUGCUUUUGAUACAGUUUAAGUCGCGACGUUGUGACGGCUGCUCUGCCGGACAUACUGGGUUCACAGCGCUCACCAUGGAGGAAGAGUGCUCCAUACACUGAGUUUCGACUCCCAGCAGGCCAUGAUGCCAGAGUGAAAAGGGAGGGGAGAGAAGAAAAACUAGAGUCAGCAAACUCUAUCGAUCUACCACCUAAGGCCGUUGAGCUCACUUACAAUGGUAAAUUUCAUCGUUUAAUUUAUAUUGUGUUACAACACCUUUUCCCGAGAGAGAGAAAAUAUGAAUUAAAAGGAAAAGAGAAAAGAAGAAAGAGGGAGAAUGAGCAGGAUAAAGAGGACAAGAAGAAUGAGUGGGCAAGACAGCUGCUGGGAAAAUGCCUUGGACAGCCAGGGUCUCUGCUGAGACUAAGGCUGAGUGGCAAGGCAAGCCUGACAUGCAAGUGCCUAUUCCUGACUGUAAAUGAUGUGAGACUGAUGACAAUAGAUCAUUAGAUCAAACAUAACUUUAAUCACUGUUGUACAAGCACAGCAUUGGAAGCUGUCAGCCGUUGGGACCUCGUGCAGCAUCUGCUGACUGCAGGAGGAGGGGAGUGCCAUUAUAGCUCUGUUGAUGUGGUGGAGUUAGUGAAGCUAGCAACAUGUGGUUAGUGGCUGAACAGCAUCAAUCUACAUCCUUCCUCUUUUAGAAUGAAAAACACUCGUCAAACAAUGGGGUGGCAUGCACAUGUUAAACAUAUUCCCCAUAUCUGUCUGGGGGUCGACACACGGCCUGAGCGCGUGCGAACCAAACCCCCCCCCCCCCCCCCCCUCAUCGAGAAAAGGAGAACGAAGACCAGGAGGCGAGGACGUCACCGAACCCGUCUGUGGAGACCGAAAAGGAGAAGAUUUUACGGGCGAGGCCCCAUUGUUAGUAGUAAAUGUGAGCCGCGGAGUGGUCGGAGGCAUGCGGGAGCGAGGGGAGGAUGCAGGAGAUGGCGACUGGAACUGGAGCAGAGGAGCAUAUGGACCAGUGGAUGACGGUCGCAGCUCUCUCACAGCAAGAAGAUGUUGUCUGCUUCUGCGGUAAACAGUUCCAUCACAAUCAACAAUGUUACCAUAUAACCAUAUAACAAUUACAGCACGUAAACAGGCCAUCUCGGCCCUACAAGUCCGUGCCGAACAACUUUUUUUCCCUUAGUCCCACUGUAAGUUAUUGGGGCAAAUCCUCCAAAAUCACGGAAGAACUCUGAUAAGGACAUGGACAUUUUAAAAAGACAAAUUUGCUGGCUGCAACGGAAUAACCUCCAAUCCACAAACCUGUCUGGCAUGUGGACUUGCGCAUCAAACAACUGGGCGAAUGGUGUGGGGAGGAAAGGCUGGGGAGGAAAGGCUGAGACGGAGAUAACAAGAUUAUCUUGGAUACACAAAGGAAGGAACCAAGCCUCAGCAGGAUGACCCAUCCAUCGAGACAAUAGGAACCCGUCCAGGCGAUGGGAUAACGAUCAGGCUGAGGGAUCAUGACAUCAGCAAACCCCUUAUCAUCGGAAGCCUAUUGUUCAUGCCAGAUCGAAACUGGGAAUCAUCAAAAGAACCCUUUUCAUCCAGAGGACCACCUGGGGGUUUCAAAGGAAGCUCAGGUAUAAAACAGAAGUCAAGCCAGAACUCUUUCUCUCUUCUUCCUGCUCUGCUGGACGGCUCGUGAGCCCAACUAUAACUCUCUUCUUCCUGCUCUGCUGGACGGCUCGUGAGCCCAAACUGAUCCUUUGGAGAUGCACCUCAUUGCCACACCAUGAUUCCCAUUCAUAACAUAUUUAUCGUUGGCUUCAUAAUGGGAGCUAGUGUUCUGCUAUAUGUAAGUUGGCAUUUGAAAUUACAACAAAAUGUUCAAAAGAACAUGGUAAGAAUGUCACAAGUGGAAGAUGAAGCUACCCUGGAUGAUCCUCGUCCAUUCCUGAAUCCUGGGAUUAUUUUUCUGGAAACGUCAGACAAUGUGGAGCUGAAGCCAUUGGUGAUGUGCUCAGUGGAGUCUACUGCUCGUCAAAACCCAGAUAAACCAAUCUAUUUCUUCAUGAAGGGGUUCAGUGGCAACUUGAGCCAAUAUCCAGAGCCGAAGUACAGACUCAUCCCGUUGCUCUCCUCAAUGAAGAAUGUUGUCCUUCUCCCUUUAAACGCUACCAAACUGUUUGAAGAUACUCCAUUGAAAUUCUGGUAUCAAAAGGUAAUCCCAAAAAAGGAAAGGUUUUGGCUCCAUGUGCUUGCUGAUGGCUGUAGAGUUGCAAUGUUGUGGAAGUAUGGGGGCAUCUACCUGGACUCUGACAUUAUAUCUAUGCAGUCUCUGCCAUUUGGCAACUUUACAAGUGCACAGCUCUCAGAUUCUAUCAGUAAUGGUGCAAUGGGUUUCUAUCACAGGCACCAUCCUUUUCUUUGGAAUUGCAUGAAAGAUUUUGUGGCCAACUACAAUGCAUAUAUUUGGGGUCAACAAGGUCCUAAACUGAUUACCCGUGUGCUGAAGAGAUGGUGUCAGAUGGAUAAAAUCAUUGCCUUCAUUGGCAAAGAAUGCAACGGCAUCUCUUUAUGGAACAUUGAACGAUUCUACGCCAUCCCAUGUCCUGCUUGGGAGAAGUACUAUGCUCCCUGGAAAAAGGACGAGGAGCGUAUAUUUUCAACUUCGUAUGGAGCGCAUGUCUGGAGUUUCAUGAAUUCCAACAAAAAAAAGAAUGUCAUUGUUGGAAGUGGAUCAUUAAUUGAACAUUUUUUCCAGUUAUAUUGUCCAACUACAUACAGGUAUAUAAUUGAAUUGAAUAAUAAUUCGGCGAUUUAGGACUUUGUGAAACAUUCACUUGAUUGUUACAAUUAUUUUUUUCUGACAACUUCUUCGGAUCUGGAUACACUCCAAUUCCCAUGUCCAAUUAAAAUUAGAAUCAAACACCAAUUGACACAACAUGUCUCUUCCUGACACAUUCCAUUUUUUCCACUAACACACCCAUCUCUCCCACUGACAUAACCUCUCUCUCAUUCACUGACACAAUGUUUCACUCUCACUAGCACUCUCCCUCUAUCUGCAGGAAGGAUGUGGAUGAUUUGAAAAGUGUGCAGACGAGGUUUACCCCAAUGUCACCAGGUUUAGAGAUAUUAUCUCUAAUAACAACUUGGAUUGUUUUCUUCAAAACACCACAGCUUGAGGGGAGACCAGUUAGAAGUAUAUAUAGUUAUGAGAGGCACAGAUAUUGCUGAUGGACGCAACCUUAUUUCCGGGAUGUGGAUGUCAAAGACUAGACGGCAGAGCUUUCAGGUAAGAGGAAGAAAGGGCAAAGAACACUUGGGGGGCUGGUCAAGUUGUUUACAUAGAGAGUGAUAGGUAUCUGCAAUGCACUGACUGGUGUAAAUCUAGGGAAAGACAAAGAUGAAAGGCUGUAGAGACAUUGAUCAAUGAUAAAUUUAUUUCAAUAAUGUAAACCACAGGUAACCACAAGUGAAAUAGUUGGUAAAAUCUAUGAGAAAGUUAAGCAGGAAAGGUCCCUCCAGUCGAAGGAAACAUGCACCCGUUUUAACCAGGAGAUCAGGUUAUGUACGAGCCGUCAAUAAAGAUUCUUUCUCUCGUAGAUGGAAAGGACCAUAAUUGAUGCUAAUAACACGAAUGGUAGUACAGGUACCUGUAAAAGUAAAAGAAAAUCCAAAUGGGUAAUUGCUACCAGAUGUAAACUGCAUCAUUCAAACACAACCCUCAAUGAGAAGGAAACACAAGAAUCAUAAAAUGUUGUGAUAGUAUUUAAGACAUAUACCUUAUUAACUAUCUUUGUAGUAUGAAAUACUUAUGAACAUACUAACAUUGUGUUGGAUCAGGGAGGAUAUGAGGGUGAAGUGACGCAUCUAGGUAGUUACAAGAAACAGGAAGGAGAUGGAGACAUUGGAGUAUGAAAUCCAACAAACAACUUCCACACAGAUAAAUCACUGGUUAAGGUAAACAAGCUUCCUUAUCUGAUUAGAAGCUGUGCCCAUAUUCCUUUGCAUGCAAAAGGAGGUAUCUCUUUGCCAGCUCAAGGACAGGUGUAAAAGUUUGUUUCUUAAAAGAAGACAACUACUAACUGAUUAAAGGUACACCAAGCCAAUAUUUAAUCGAUUCAUCAGACGGGAGUGGCAAGAUCUACAAAGAGCACAAACGUUGCUCAGUGCUUCUCGGGAUCCACUCACAGAACAAAGGAAAGUUGGUGCAGUUAUCUAUUUUCUUAUUUGUAAAGCACUCCUUCCUAAUCUGAAAGAUUCUAUAGCCCUUCAGAAUAUAGGAAAAGCUGGGUCCAAAUCAAGCUCAUUCAAUAACAAGUUAUUGCUCAUCUCUGGAGCAUCAGCUAUUUUUUCUGUCUUGGUUUCUUUAAGGCCUUGAAAGAAGCACGUGUUAUUACUCAGGUUUCCAUUUUAAUGUAUUUAUUAAAAAGACAACCUUCCUCCAUAUUGUGUUCCACAUCAUUUUGUAAACUAUAUUAGAUUUGACUAUUAGCUCUUUCACAGGUUCAACCAAAAUUAUAAUUUGAGAUAUAUGGCUACAAUUUCACAAUUGAUUAAUGAGAGAAAAUAUUAAUAUCCUUUCUUAACAAGUUUUGAUCAUAAAGAUCAACAAGGAGGGAACUGUGGAAGAAAACAAUAUCCUUCCUUAUUUAAAUUUGAUCCGAGCUAAUUUUGAAUCAAAUUGGAUAGUAACCUUGGAUUCCAUGCCAUCUAAUCUAUCAGAUUAUUUUACCAUACGGGACCUUGCUAAAUCCAUCUAGAAAACCUUUAAUGUCCUGAACUCAUGAAUCUUCUUGGUGAAAUAAAACU